AUGGUCGAGACGAUGCGAUCUUGGGAGGCCAAGAAGAUGCGUAGCGAGCCGGCAAAACAUUGGAGCCCCAAUCUCCAGACCAGCGUGGAUGGACAUUCCGGAGGAGUUCGGCCAGAGCGGCCGGAGAUGACGAGGAUCCUCAGCUCCUCACGCGCAGGCCGAAUGCACUGGCAUCGGAACCAGUUCGUGCCAUUGCCAUGCCGGCCGCCGAGUCUUGAUCAGCCGGAAGAGUUUAUGCCGCCAGAGCAUCGACAGCACCUGAUAUACCUUGCGCUUUACAGAGACAAAGUGGACCAGCACCAAGCAGCGAUGGCCAAGCCAAAGAGCCCAGAAGGGCGCGCUCGGACCCCAUCGCCAGCUGAAGAGGCCGAGGCUGAUGUCCAUCCGUCCAGUGGUUUCGCUGCCACCACAGGAGGCAUGUUCGAUCACUCUGGCAAACCCAGCUUCGAGCAAAGGCGGCCGCACACCGCAGCAGCGCAUACUGCGACAGUUAAAACGACUUCCUCAAGCGGUCUCGGCUACCUGGAUGAACACACAGAGGCGAAAAGGCUUGGUAAGCUCUUCGAUGAGUGGGUCUCGAAGCAGGACAUUGAUGCUGCAUACGAGAGCGUUGCCUUGCCAAGUCCCCGCGCAGAAGGACGUCGAGUCAAGGUGGCGACCUCCCAGGUGAGGAGCCGACGGUUGCACCGCUUCACCAGCAAAGGUCGCAGGCAUUCUGGCGGCUCCAAUGCGAAGAGCCCGCCGCUCACAAAUGCCAAACCAGAGGAGGACGAGGCAAGUUGCCUUGGAGAUCAUCCAUCUGUCCCAUCCGUUGGGACAGCAUCUACUUGGCAUCAGCGACGGCAGCCAGCAGAUCCAGCAGAUCGACGUAAGCUGGAGCGGCUUUGGAUGGUUAUGACUAACCCGAAGAUCCGAAGUGCCAGCCUUUCAGACAAGGUCGGCUACGAGCGAGAUCGUCAAAUGCCCACACGCAUCGAGGGCAUCAAGCCGCUGAUGUUGUACAAGCUCUACCAUGGUCCGUGGCGGCUCGAAAUCUAA